GUUCAUGGCAACUAGACGAGUUCAUCACAGUUUCCUGACGUGAGUCGCAAUUUUAUCAGACCAAAUCCAGACACUACACGCGCAUUUCUGGAGAAGCGACCGGUUAAUAUCUCAGAGGCUUUAAAUGUCCAGGGCCUGGUUAUUCAUUUCAACACACAUCAUUCCACGAACUCAAUUCAGACUCAAUUCAGACUCAACACUCUCCGGCUCCCAGCCUUCGACGUAUUCUCAGCUGAGCUAUCUCGGCAGACAUAAUUAGGACCUGGCUCGGCAACAUGGCUUCGAGAUCGGCUCUCGCAGUUUCGACAUUCUUGUGCCUGGCGGCCUUGGCUGCACUCAGCGCACAUGCAGCUGAUCCGGAGGAGAUCAGGGACUUCGCGCCGCCUGCCAACGGCGCCCCGCCGAACGCCAGUUACUUCACCUUCACUGAAUUGCGCGAUAUCGACGUGAAGCAAGGCCAGUUCGCCAACGUUAGCAACGUCAACGUGCUCAGAUUUCCGGUGCUGUCGGGAUUGGGCGUGGCCAACGCGCUCCUCGUCUAUCCCCCGGGCAGCGUCAACGUGCCUCACACUCACCCGCGCGGCACCGAGACCUUGUUCGUGCUGGAAGGGACUCUGGAAGUGGGUCUGAUCGACACCACGCUGCCUGUACCAGUUCUCUUCACCCAGACUCUCUGCACGAAUGACAUCUUCGUGUUCCCUCGCGGCCUCGUCCACUUCCAGAUCAACAAGAGCAAGUACGUCGUCAGAGCCUACGCCUCCUUCAGCAGCACCAAUCCCGGCCUCGUGUCCCUCCCGCGCACGCUGUUCGGGGUGCAUAUCGACCCCGAGGUGCUCACCAAGUCCUUCGAGGUGUCAUCCGAUAUCAUCGCCAAACUGUCAGCCGUUCAGCCGUAAUCUGGUCAUUGCGCAUCUGCUAUGAGGAUUUGAAAAUAAAGGGCAGCCAUUCCAAGGAGGAGAUGGCUGUUGUGCAUCCUAAGCACGUACAGAACGCAGCUAUGAGCUGGAUUCUGUAAGAGGUUACUCAUUUGACGCCAAGAAGGAUGAAGAGCUCAAAGACUUGCUCAACUCGUCUAAACUCUCAGAUCUGAUGUUCUAUUUUGCUAUUCUGGCAGAAGUAGAAGACUGUAAGCGCUAUUAAGCGUAAAACUUUGUUUCAGAUUCACGUUUCAAUAUUUACUUGGCGCAGAUUAUUCUAGCACGUUUAAUACGUUCUCUCACUGCCAGAUAUUGGAUGAACAUCCUGUGUGAAUGUG